CAAAGUAAUAUGAUCCAGUGUUGAAAGUACAGAAUUGGAAAGAAGAAGACGACAGAAAAGUGGCCGACUUUGCCGUCAAUUACCUAAAUUCCUUCUUAGCGCUCUUUGUAAGUAAUUCCCUCUUUUCAGUGUCCAAUACCAACAGCAAAAGGGUCAAAAAAGAAAACCACAAUUUAAAGCAAUAACUUUGCUGAGCUGAAGUGAAGUGAACAAUUGAUCUUGCUUUUGAGCUGGUCUUCUGAAGAUAUUGUUGAUAGAGGCGAGGAAGAAAUGGGCGUCGGAUUGCUGGAGAUUGGGGUUCAAAUGAGGAAAGUUUUGAUCUUUUCGAUUAGGUUAUGUUAUAGAACUGUUAGCAAUCAUCCAUUCCUGGUGGGUAUGGUGUGUUUGUUGGCAUUAUUGUACAGAUCAUUUCCUUUUCUGUUUUCUGCAUUGGUGUCCAUGUCUCCUGUUAUUGUUUGCACUGCAAUUCUGCUUGGUACUUUGUUAAGUUUUGGCCAACAAAAUGCGCCCGAGAUAGAAAGGGAAGACAAAACAGUUAAUGACAUCUUAGUACCUCUGAAAUCUGGGGUUUCCUGUGAUGAUGCUAGUGUUGUUGAGAAAGAUGAGAGCAUUUCUGUGGAAAGAUACAUUGAUAAACGAUGGGAUGCCGCAGAGCAGCCAUUUUAUGAGGUUGGGAGGGAUAAUAGGUUUGGCGAUGGCACGCUUCUCAUUGAGAAAGAAUCUCGGGAAUUGGAACCGGUGAAUAGCGUGUUUGAUGAAGCAGCAAGGUUUUGUUAUGAUUCGGGAUCUGAGCAGAAGAAUGAAAAUGAGGAGAGGCGUGGUGAUGAGGAUGUUUUAGAGUACCAGUAUUCUCCAAUUCCGAAUACAGAUGACAAUAAUCUUGAAUUUGAUGUUGAUAAUGAUAAGUCUGUGGAUUCCUAUGACUCUAAAAUGGUAAACAUUGGUUCUCAUCCUGGCUCGCCUUGGAAAGGAGAGGAGGAGGAGGAAGAAGACAGAGAAGAGGAUGAGAGUCUAGAUUCGGGGUCAGAUCGAGCAGAAAGUUUACCAGAUGCUUCAAUGGCCAAUAUCAUCCCGAUGCUAGAUGAGCUUCACCCUCUUCUGGAUGAAGGCAAUCCUCAACGUGUUAAUUUAUCAGAUGCCGAUUUUGAUGCAGAGUUUAAACACUCGAAGCUAAGUGACAGUGAGGAUGAAUUUAACGAUGGCAUUUUAAACCGAGAGUUAGAAACUGCAGAUGAUGAGAAUGAAGAUGAUGAAGAUGAAGAAGACAUACAAGGAGAUAAAGAAGAAGGUGAUAGAUUUGGAAUUACAUGGACCGAGGAUGACCAGAAGAUUAUCAUGGACUUGGGAAGCUCUGAGCUCGAAAGGAAUCAACGGUUGGAGAGCCUUAUUGCUAAAAGAAUAGCACAGAAGAAUCUGAAGGCACUGGCUGAAAGCGGUGGAGAGUUAGAAACUGCAGAUGAUGAGAGUGAAGACGAUGAAGAUGAAGAAGACAUACAAGGAGAUAAAGAAGAAGGUGAUAGAUUUGGAAUUACAUGGACCGAGGAUGACCAGAAGAUUAUCAUGGAUUUGGGAAGCUCUGAGCUCGAAAGGAAUCAACGGUUGGAGAGCCUUAUUGCUAAAAGAAAAGCGCAGAAGAAUAUGAAGGCACUGGCUGAAAGGAGUGGAGAGUUAGAAACUGCAGAUGAUGAGAGUGAAGAUGAUGAAGAUGAAGAAGACAUACAAGGAGAUAAAGAAGAAGGUGAUAGAUUUGGAAUUACAUGGACCGAGGAUGACCAUAAGCUUAUCAUGGACUUGGGAAGCUCUGAGCUCGAAAGGAAUCAACGGUUGGAAAGCCUUAUUGCUAAAAGAAAAGCGCAGAAGAAUAUGAAGGCAGUGGCUGAAAGGAAUUUGUUAGACUUAGGAAGCGUUGAUCUACCGUUCAAUGUUGCUCCCAUUUCAACUGCAAGAAAAAAUCCUUUUGAUAUUCCCGACGAUCAAAAUGACCUUAGAUUACCGCCAAUUCCUGGGUCUGCUCCAUCUAUUUUACUUCCUAGGAGAAAUCCAUUUGAUCUUCCUUAUGACUUAGGUGAAGAGAAACCUGAUUCUGCGGAAGAUGGUUUCCAAAAAGGGUUCAUGACAUUACAACCAAAAGAACCAUUCUUCAGGAGGCAUGAAAGUUUCAAUGUACAACCAUCAUUAUUUAGCCCAAACAAGCAAGUACAAGAUGAUAUCAGGUUGAGACCUUACUUCGUUCCAGAAAGGAUGGAGAUUGAUGGACCAAGCUACACGCCAUUUCAAAGACAGUUGAGUGAUCUUAGUGACUCCAAAGUAAGCUCUAUUCCUGAAACUGAAUCAUCAGGUUCAGUUAGUGAUCUGGAAGACAAGGACCUUAUGGAGGAAAAUAUCGUAGGCAAGAACCUUGAUGAAAAAGAUCUGGUGGAUGAAAACAUAAUUGAUCAACAUAUCUCUCAGGAGCUAGAUGUGAUGUCUAGUAUAGAGCAUGUUGGGCAUGUAAGCAGCUUUUCUGAAGAGGAGUUGUUGGAGUUGGGCAGAAAUGAUAAUAAAGAAGACUUAUUUGGUGUCAAGAUUGAAUUUAAACAGAAUCAUGAAGAAAUUCAUCAUGAUGAGAACCCAAGUUUGAUCCAGGAAGGAAAUGUUGCCAACAUGUUGGACUUCAGUUCGAUAGAAACUAAUUCAAGGUCGCCAUCUUUUAAACAGAAAAGUAAUUGGCAUUCAAGCUCCUCAUCACCCUCUGAAGCAAGUGAAAAGAUCUUUGACGAGAGAGGAACACAAUGGCUGUCAGGUUUGGAAGAAAGAAGUGGUCAUGCUGAAGAAAAAGUGAUUUCUAGAGAGCCUUCAUCAGAAAAGUCGGAUGUCAAUAUCACAACCAUAUCGACUGAUGAAAAUCCACAUAGGGUGCCUAUUUACGACUCAAGCCCCGCUCCACUUCAGAAGCACAUUUCUUUAUCCUCCAUUUCUUCAGAUGUGAGAACGGAUUCUUUAUCCUCCAUUUCUUCAGAUGUGAGAGCGGAUGCUGAAAUGGGCUUCUCGCCUCCAGCAGUCAGGGCAGCUCUUGCUUUUGCAGAUAGGGAAUCCAUGGAAAGUGAUCUCGAAAUCAAUAAAUAUACCCCUAUUAAUGAAGAGAUUCUAGCUACCUCAACCACCUCAGUACCAGUACAUAAAGUAGAAUUGUUGUCAGAAGACCCGAUGGAUAUAAAUAUGCAGGAAGUCUUGAAAUUGAACUCCUCAGAAAUUAAUGAAGCCUAUUUUGAUGCAUUUACUCCAGCAGUUGCUGAAAGUGUAGUCAGUAAGGUUUUAUUGGACUCAAAAGCGUCUGUGGGGACUUCUGAAGAUGAAAAAAUUAUUGAGCUUCUACAGGAUGAGAGUUUAUUUUCUGUGUUCAACCCAAAUGUCAAGGCUUCGAAUGGUGUAGACUUGAUGAUGGAAUCUGUUUCCCAGAGCAAGGAGCCUUUUUCAACUGCUGAAGAGUUUUACCUUGUUCAACAGUCCUAUAGUCUCCCUCCCAGGGAUCACAAAGAAGUGCAGCAGGAACACCCACUUAUAGUGGUAGAAACAAUUGGGGAAGCUGGCCUUACUCCUACAUCUGCUUCAGUUCUCCACAAGGUUGAUGAAGCCACAGGAGAAGUUAGUCAAUCAGAUAUAAAGAAGAGUGGUUUUGAUGAAGUGGAAGUUGCUAACCACAUUCAGGGCUCUGAAAACCAUGAACUUUUGCUGGAAACAGUCAAGUGUCGUGGCGAUACGCAACACUUAAUCGAAGACACAGAUUGUAUCAAGGAUGUCAGUGAAGAAUUAUUAUCUGAAUUAGAUGCAGUUGGUGACUUUAGCAUCAAAGAACCAGGAUCAAGGUUGAAUGAGUUUGGAAGUGAAUCUGGGAGUUCUAAGAGAGUGAUACUGCACAAAGAUUCAAGUUUGAUUGAAAAUGAGAUUGAAUUUGAAGGAAGCAAAGUUGAAGCUGGAAAGCUACAUUAUGAAGUUGACAGGUCAGAAAAUACACAUCUGGCUACAUCUUCCGAACCUGCACAUCAUGAAGCCCCUGUACAUAACAGUUCAAGUAUAAUCGAUGUCAAAGACAAGAAGAAAGAAGAUUCCCUCGAAUCAGAUUCAAGUUCAAGCUCCAGCUCAGACUCAAGCUCAAGUGACUCUGAUAAAGAAUGAGAAGCCAAGAAAUAUUAUUGGACAACAAGGAAAGAUGGAGUUGGAUUUUCUGUUUCAUUUUCUUUCUGUUCUUGAGUGACAUUUCAGAGGAACAAUUUCUUCAAGAAUGACUUUUUUUUAUACAAUUUCUUGAAGCACCCUUUUCUUUAAUUUCAGUUUUGUGGUAAUUGUGGAGUUUUGUGGGAGGAAAUGUUUGUUAUACUGUUGACUUUUUGUACAAAGAUCAGAGUUGAAUUAUUAUAUUUAAAGGCCAAA